AUGAUGAACUACAGCAACGAAACCGUCCUUACUAAAACUGAUGAGGAAUGGUACAGAGAAGUAUUGGAAUUCAUUACACCGGACCCCGAACACUGGGUUUUGAUUGGGAUGUUUGUGGUCAUUUUCCUAUUAGGGUUAGGUGGUAAUCUGUUAGUUUGCUUAGCAGUGUGGAAAAACCAUAAUCUCAGGACUUUGACAAACGUCCACUUGGUCAAUCUGGCCGUGGCCGAUUUUCUGGUAGUUGCUAUUUGUCUUCCUCCAACUCUCCUUCAUGACGCUAUGGAAUCUUGGUUUUUGGGGACAUUAGGAUGCAAGGUUGUUACCUAUUUUCAGAAAGUAUCGGUGUUGGUGUCUGUUUUAACCCUUACCACAAUUGGCUUAGAAAGAUAUCUUGGAAUAUGCCAUCUAAUGUCGGAUUUCCUUCCUCGGAUCAAGACAAGGGUUGCUCUUUUGAUAAUAUGGAUUGUAGCUCUAGUGACUGCUGUCCCAGAUUUAUACUACAUGACGGUCAUACCUGACGAUGUCAUUCCUGCAACGGUGAACUUACUGAAGAGCUGUCGCCCGAAGGAUGGCAAGGCGGAAGUGACGCAGCAAUUAAUUAUCUUUGUAGUAUUCUUCAUCAUUCCGUUUGCAAUCAUGGGUUUUGCUUACACCAACAUUUUUAUCUGCCUUUGGCAUAGUACGAAAAACUUACCUAACAUUAACGCAGAACACGGAGCCAGUGUUGUCAUUCGGAACCGGAAAACCACAGCCAAAAUGUUGAUUGUGGUGGUGGUGGCUUUCUUUGGUUGCAACCUCCCCGUUUACAUACUGAACAUUUUAAGGUAUUUUAAGGUUCUAAACUCCAUGGAACAUGCAGAAAUUAAGUCCUUUUCGUUGACCUCCCAUCUUCUCUUGUACCUAAGCUCAGCAGUCAAUCCUGUUAUUUAUACCAUCAUGAGCGGAAAAUUUAGGUCGACGUUCCGUAAAAUGAUAUGUAUAGAUGUCACCAUUUGCAAAUGUUUGAAAAAAGACAAUACUAGAUCCUAUUCACAGACAACGGAUAGUACCACCACGAAGAGUCCCCCAGAGGAACUAUGUCUGAUGACCACUGACACCAUCAAGUUUCCGCAAGACAUGUGAAAAGGAGAACCUCAUCAGAGCGUGAUGGCUGAACUUGGAGUUGAAAGA